AUGGCGGCGGAGGUGGAUUUUGGCGACUUAGAGCUGUUCGAGGCGUUUGACCACCCCGAGGAGUCGACUCCGAAGCCCGUUCAUACCCGCUUCAAGGACGACGAUGGCGACGAGGAGGUCGAGAAUGGGACUGGCGACGCGGAGCUGCGGGAACGGCUUCGGCAGUGCGAGGAAACCAUCGAGCAGCUCCGCGCCGAGAAUCAAGAACUUAAAAGAAAAUUGAAUAUUUUGACUCGACCAAGUGGAAUAUUGGUGAACAAUACUAAGUUAGAUGGACCUUUAUUACAGAUUCUAUUUAUGAACAAUGUUAUUUCAAAGCAAUAUCAUCAAGAAAUAGAGGAAUUUGUAUCAAAUUUAGUAAAAAGAUUUGAGGAACAGCAGAAAAAUGAUGUGGAAAAGACUUCCUUUAAUCUUUUGCCCCAGCCAUCCAGUGUUAUGCUAGAAGAGGACCAUAAAGUAGAAGAAUCCAGUGCCGUUAAUAAUAAGGAAGCUUUUAGUGUUGUAGGAAGUGUCCUGUAUUUUACUAAUUUUUGCCUUGAUAAAUUGGGGCAACCGCUACUAAAUGAAAACCCUCAGCUUACGGAAGGAUGGGAAAUACCCAAGUACCAGCAAGUCUUCAGCCACAUUGUUUCUCUAGAAGGGCAAGAAAUACAAGUAAAGGCAAAAAGGCCAAAGCCUCACUGUUUCAAUUGUGGUUCUGAAGAGCAUCAAAUGAAAGAUUGCCCAAUGCCUCGAAAUGCUGCUCGAAUAAGUGAAAAGAGAAAAGAGUAUAUGGAUGCCUGUGGUGAGACAAACAAUCAGAAUUUUCAGCAGCGAUAUCAUGCAGAAGAAGUAGAAGAGAGAUUUGGAAGAUUUAAGCCAGGAGUUAUUAGUGAGGAACUCCAGGAUGCACUGGGUGUGACGGACAAGAGUCUUCCACCUUUUAUAUAUCGAAUGCGCCAGCUAGGAUACCCACCAGGGUGGCUCAAAGAGGCCGAACUGGAGAACUCAGGGCUUGCGCUCUAUGAUGGGAAAGAUGGUGCUGAUGGAGAGACAGAAGCUGGAGAAGUACAGCAAAAUAAAAGUGUCACUUACGAUCUCUCGAAAUUGGUAAACUAUCCAGGUUUUAAUAUAUCUACUCCCAGAGGAAUUCCAGAUGAAUGGAGGAUAUUUGGGUCAAUACCAAUGCAGGCGUGUCAGCAGAAGGACGUGUUUGCCAAUUACCUAACUUCUAACUUCCAAGCGCCAAGCAUGAAGCCUAGCAGCAAAAGGUCUUCGUCUCAGUCCAGCCCCAGUAGUCCAAAGAAGCAGAAGAAGGAAGACAGCUCAGCAGCCUCACCCGCUGACAUGGAACUGGACUCGGAUGCCGAGGUCCCGCAUGGGUCCCCAAACAGCGAAGCUUUUCAGUUUCAGCCCCCGCUGCCCCCUGGCACGCCUCCCCCGCUCCCCCGGGGCACCCCUCCGCCCAUCUUCACUCCUCCGCUCCCCAAGGGCACCCCGCCGCUGACUCCCAGUGACUCACCUCGGACGAGAACGGCAUCCGUGACUAUGGACGAGGACGCGCUGACUCUGGAGGAACUAGAAGAACAGCAGAGGCAGAUAUGGGCGGCCCUGGAGCAGGCCGAGAGCGUCAACAGUGAUUCGGAUAUUCCUGUAGACACACCUUUAACUGGGAAUUCGGUGGCCUCUUCACCUUGUCCAAACGAACCUGACCUCCCUGUCCCAGAGGGAAAAACAUCCGAAAAGCAGGUGCCAUGGGAGGCCGAGGUACCAGACACUGCUGCAAAGAAAUCGGAAGAGGAGCAAGCCUCGAGCCCAGGUUUUGAGACUGCUUUGCUUGGCCAGAAGGAAAAGGAAGAGUCCACUCAGGUAGACCCUAAAGGUGCUCUUGACCACGGCAGGGUCGAGUCAAACAGUGAGGUCAGGAAUGGAGGGAGCAGCCAGCAGCUCCUUCAUGCGGACGGCAGUCCUGCAGCAGCCACGAAGGCCCACAGUGCUAUCCCCGACAUGAGCAAGUUUGCAACCGGAAUAACGCCGUUUGAAUUUGAGAACAUGGCAGAAUCUACUGGAAUGUACCUCAGGAUAAGAAACUUGUUAAAGAAUUCACCUCGAAACCAGCAAAAGAACAAGAAGACUUCUGAAUGACUGCUUGACAUAGCACCCAGUGCUAUUUAAUUAUAACUGUGUUCUGGUAAUUAGGACUAAAUGGACAGGUAAAAUUGUUUUCCUAUUUGUCCCUCCCACAUGAAAGAAAAAAAAUCUAUCCAAGGCUUAAUUGUGGUCUAAGGUCAGGCCUCUUUUAAAGAACAGAAAGACUGAGCUUGCAGGUUUACUAUAUUUUAUUCUCACUGAUAAAAACUUGGCGGGAGGUAAGUAGGAGCCGGUUUAGAGAUAGUUUGUUAAGGUUUAUACUAUUUUUGGAUUGUGAAUGUCUGUCAGGAGUGAUGGUUUUUAAUCUGUCUUUUGUACAUCGUUUUCCCUUUCUACAUUUUGCUAUUAUCCUGUACGUAAGUUUAAUAUAUCACUUUUUAAAAAGAAAAAAUUUAACCAUUUAAAAUUCAUAUUUCAACUCUUAACCAAAUGAGAAAAAUCAGGGAUGAGCAGCUUUAUACCAUUUGGGGUAUUUUUGUAAAUGAUUUACAUGCAUCCGUUUUAAUAACACUUACUUUUUUGUAACUUCAUUCUUCAUAUAAGCUUGCUAUACAGGUAUGUUCAUCUUUGUGUACAAAGGUUUAAUAAAUUAGUUUUCAUAUACAUAAUCUAAGACUUUGAAUAUAAAAAAAUGAUUC